AUGGACACGUCCAUCAUGUUUCUCAAGAUGGGAGCCGCUAAGCUCUUGUUUAGUUUCAGUGUAGAACCUCAUUUGAGAACUGGAUCGAUUGACUCGAUCUCUGGCCUUCCUGUGGUGAUUCUUGCUGGUUGUGAUUGGAAGAAAGCUGUAGCUGGUGCUGCGCACGUGCAGCAACGGUUCCUUGUGCUUUUCUUCUGUGCUCUGACGCCUGUGUGGUGCUGUUCUCUGAUCUUUGUCCACCGUGGCCUGGUGAAUGCAAUACUGGCAAAGCUCCCGCCUUCUUGGCGAGACUUUGUGACUUCACGCCGCCACAUGAAGAAGCAAUUGACUCUCACUGAGUUGUCAGCUGCGAUUAAUGUGGAAGAGCGUGCAAGGUCCAGUAACAAGCCAUCCCAGCAACUCCAGGCUCACGUUGUUGAGAAGGGUGGAGAUAGAAAAUUCCAGAAGAAGAACUCUCCACAGAAGAAUAUGAACCAACCUAAGUCCAAAAAGAUGAAGAAGAAAAAGGAGGACUUUAUCUGCUACGUUUGUGGUGUCUCCGGCGCACCAGUCUUGAUGGGAAAUGGUGUUCCGGCAGCAGUUCGAGGUACUGGACAGGUCUACCUGAAGUUAACUUCAGGAAAGACGCUCGUGCUGAAGGACGUACUCUAUGGUCUCAAAUUAGUGUUUGAGUCUAAUAAAGUGGUCCUGUCUAAGUUUGGUACUUUUGUUGGAAAGUCAUAUGAGUCAGGCGGUUUGUUCCGUCUUUCUGUU